AAUCUCUCCCAUCUAUUCUUCCCGUUCUUCUUCUUCUUUCCCCUGCGUUUCUCCCUUUCUCUCAUUCUUCGCCUCUCGGUUUCUCUCUCUACCUCAUACAAACAGUUUCUCACUUUGCAUCCAAACAAAAGAGCUUACGGAGACAGAAAGUGAACCAAACGGUAACCCAUUUGACGAUAUCUUAGAAUAAAGGCAUCAAUGCCUGCACAGAAGCGCUCUUUAUCAGACAAUCCGAACAACGAUGAGCAGCAAGAAGAUGCCUUUUCUCCUCAUCAAAACGGCCAACAAUAUCCCAAGCAACCUCGCCUUGACCCAUCUCCUUUGGAUGACCACCAACAACUGCAACAAGAGCUAGAUGAAGAAGAAGAAGAAGAAGAAGAAGAAGAAGAAGAAGAGGAGGAGGAAGAAGAGGCUGCCCAGAAACCAGAAGAUGAAGGAGGUGUAGAAGAAGAUGAAGAAGACGAGGAAGAAGAAGAGAAACGAGAUUCUGAAGAAAGUCUAUCUUCCAGUUCUGAAGAUGAAAAACCCGAAUAUGUCUUUGUGGAGCUGCCAGAGAUUCGUAAAGAUGUACAAUGCCCAAUAUGUCUAGGAAUCAUAAAGAAAACACGAACUGUGAUGGAAUGUCUGCACCGUUUUUGCAGGGAAUGCAUUGACAAAUCAAUGCGACUUGGGAAUAAUGAGUGUCCUGCUUGCCGCACACACUGUGCAAGCCGCCGUUCUUUGAGAGAUGAUCCUAAUUAUGAUGCCCUGAUUGCUGCUUUAUAUCCAGAUAUUGACAAGUAUGAGGAGGAGGAAUUGGCUUUUCAUGAGGAGGAAAGGACACGGAACAAGCAGAUCCAAGCUUCAAUUGCCCAAAUAUUUCAACGGCAAUCAGAAGCACUUGUUAAGAGACGCACAAUGGGUAAAGAAUCAACUCCAUUCAUGCCAAGAUCACAACGCAAUCAUAGGACAAUUCCUUCAAGAAGGCGGCGAAACAGCCGGAGCACUGAAUUUCAAGGAUCUGAAGACAUCGAGGAAGAAAAUGAUGAUAAUGGGGGUAAGGAUUCAUCUUCCACUGAUGAGCGCUCCACAGAAGUUAGGCAGCGCAGGCGUAAAAGACGAACAGGAAUUCGGUCCUCUCACCCUUCUUCAUCUUCUUUCAAUCCAGAGGGUGUAUCCAUAGAAAAUGAUUUAGAAGCAAGCAGAGAGAACAGAGGAAUAUCGCCCGGUCUUGUUUGGAAUACAGAAAUGCUUGCAUGGGGCAGGGGUGGUGCUCGAAGUCACACACGACAUGGUAAUGCUAGUGGUUGCAACAACAAGAAUUCCCGAAGCACUCGGUUAUCCAAGUUGGUAGAAUAUUUCAAGAGCCUUGAGGAAAAAAAUGAUGAGUUAGAUAUUCACUUUAGGCUUAUUUCUUUGGAAAAAGAAAGUGCAAUGGAUAUGCAACGGCCAUUCCUUUGUGGUCAUCCCAGUUUGUCAGUGAAACACCUGUGUGAGUAUAUUGCUCGCAAGACACUUUUGCAAGCUGAAGAAGUUGAAAUAUUAUUAGUUAAAGGGCAGCACAAGCCUGAUAACAACCUAUCCAUCCUGCAUCCUCCGAUUUCAGUGGAUGAGCUGCAAAUUUUGGAAGAACAAGAAACUUUGGCAGGUCUUAAAGUUAAUUGCACUUCCAGUAGAGAUCGUCUGAUUCUGGCAUAUCGGCAGAAGGAAAAUAAGCAAUUUUUUUUUUUUUUUUUUUUUUUUUUUUUUUAAUAGGAAAAGGAAGAAAGGUCCAUUAACCGUUUGUAAAACCGUUGUAUGUAAAUAAAUGUGUGGAGAUUCAGGAUGAAAUUUUUGUAAACAAUGAAAACUUUCUUAAAAUAAUAUUUAUUCAAUA